AAGUAUUAAAUUAAUUCUAUGUUAUAAAUUGUGAACAAAAACGAUUAGGUAAAACAUGUUAUCUCUGUACGAGUGAGAUAACUGACACCCAGUAUGAAAUCAACCAGUUUGUAUUCCGGCUCGGUUCGCGUUGAGCACGCACGCAUAUACCGCAAAAAUAAAUAUAAAAAAAACCAUAACGAUGUUCCCAAUGCGUCGCGUUGGUAGUAAGAUCCUGGAGCAAUGGCGCACGCCGGUUGCAGCUGUUGCGAAGGCGCAAAGGAAAUUCAGCACAGACGCGCCUCCGCGACCUCUAUCAAUGUUGACAGAAGAUGAAUUAGCCAUGAAGGACACAAUUAGAAAAUUGGCGACAGAACAAAUAGCGCCACUGGUUAAGAAAAUGGAGGACGAACACAAAAUCGACGAUAGCAUCAGGCAGAUGUUGUUUGAUAAUGGUUUAAUGGGUAUCGAAACCCCGACAGAAUACAGUGGUUCAGGGUGCGGAUUCCUCACCAUGAUGUUGGUGGUGGAAGAACUGUCUAGGGUGGACCCUGCAGUUGCAGCGUACGUGGAUAUUCACAAUACACUGGUGAACUCCCUGUUUAUGAAGUUGGGAACCGAGGAACAGAAGCAAAAGUAUUUGACGAAGUUAUGCACAGAAUACGCUGGUAGUUUCUGUUUAACCGAGCCCACGUCUGGUUCUGACGCGUUUUCCUUAAAAACCGUGGCAAAGAAAGAAGGAAAAGACUUCGUUAUUAACGGCUCCAAGAUGUGGAUAUCGAACUCCGAUGUCGCUGGAGUCUUCCUUGUAAUGGCUAAUGCUGAUCCAUCAAAGGGUUACCGAGGUAUCACCUGUUUCAUUGUAGAACGGGACACCCCCGGCUUAAGUGUUGCCAAACCGGAAAACAAACUCGGGAUACGUGCGUCCGGCACUUGUAUGGUACACUUCGACAACGUUAGGGUACCGGAAGAGAAUAUUCUUGGUGAAUAUGGAAAAGGAUACAAAUACGCAGCUGGUUUCUUAAACGAGGGUCGUAUCGGUAUUGCAGCGCAAAUGAUCGGUCUUUGUCAGGGAUGUAUGGACGCCACUAUCCCAUACACGUUAGAGAGGAAGCAGUUUGGCAACAAGAUUUAUUCUUACCAGGGUAUCAGCUAUCAAAUAGCUCACUUACAGACACAAUUAGAAGCGGCGCGUCUCCUUGCUUAUAACGCAGCGCGUCUCAAAGAAAAUGGACAAGAUUUCGUCAAGGAAGCCGCAAUGGCCAAAUACUUUGCUUCAGAAAUCGCUCAAACUUUGACCUCAAAAUGUAUUGACUUUAUGGGUGGUGUUGGUUUCACCCGUGACUUCCCUCAAGAGAAAUUCUUCCGAGAUGCUAAAAUAGGAACUAUCUAUGAAGGAACAAGUAAUAUGCAAUUGCAAACUAUAGCAAAAUACAUAGAAAAGGAAUAUACACAGUAAAUAAUAUCAAGAUCUGGCGACACUGAAUAUUUGCAUUUAAAGUACUUUGUAAAGUUUCACUAUAUUGUAUACAAUUUUUAAGGAAACAGGGUUUUAUCAUGUGUACUAUACAACAUAACUUUUUCUGUUUGAUUAUAAAUCAUUAUUUUGUAGUGUAUAAAUCCAAUUUGGUUUAUAAGCAAUAUGAAUUUAAUAAAAUGUUUAAAAGCAAUAUGAAUUUAUUACACUUAAGAUAGAAAAUAAAACAUUUGUACAUUUCUAUUACACAAAUAUAAUAUUGUCUACAAUUUACAUAAACUAAUUAUGAGCUACAUACAAAUAAAAUAUUGGUAAUUGACUAUAUACACAUUGUUGUUUCUAAAUUGUUAUAUUUUUGUAAAAAGAUUUUAUAUUCAAUACAAGAUGAUGUUGUUUAUUAAUAUUAUAUAACUAGUAAAAUGUAUCCA